AUGUCUCCUCUCAGCGCUUCUCUCGCGGCAGCAGCCGUUGAGGGACUAAUUCAAAGGCCGGUAAUUACCUACGAUGAGUACUGCCUCAAGACAGAUAGACGUAUUGAAAAGCUUGAUCUACAAGCAUUUCAUACAACAUCACUCGUUGGUCACAAUAUCAAGCGACGGCUUGCUAUCGACAAUCUUGACUUAAAAUCAUCCAGUAAAACACCUCUGAUCAGUGAUGGUGCUAUCGCAACACAGUCUUCCACAGAGCAAUGUGAUGGGAUGUUAUACGUGAAAACGCUUACUGGUAAAACAAUAAUAACUGAUUUCGAAGGUAUGGAAACAAUAGCAAAACUUAAAGAAAGAAUCCAAGACAAAGAGGGCAUCCCACCAGAAUGGCAGCGGUUGAUUUUUGCAGGCAUGCAACUUGAAAAUAAUCUGACAUUAGCAGAUUAUAAUAUAAAACAGGAAAGCACCGUGCACAUGGUGCUUCGCCUCCGUGGUGGAGACCGAACGGUAUUUCUAAGUGAUGAAUUUUUUGACCCGCCUUGGGAUUAUGACUUUACGGGUAUCGUUGAUAUGGUAAACUACUCGAGAGGAAGUUGUCCGUAUUAUAGACCUUGCGGAUGGAGGCGGUACGCGCUUAAAGUCCUCGACAGAUGGGGCUCUAAUAUCUGGCUUGGUUGUGUUAACGCACCCGGAGAAUGGCCCGUGUCAUAUCACGGCACUGGAUAUCAUAACGGCAAGACAAUUGCCGAAGAAGGUUUUAUGCGUGAAACUGCUGUGUCCCAAGCCGUUGGGUCUGGGAUUUACACCACACCGAGCGUUCAAAUAGCCGAAUUGUACGCCAAACCGUUCGAGUGGCAGGGUUAUAAGUACAAAGUGAUUAUACAGAAUCGGGUUAAUCCUAACAACUUAAUUAAAAUUGGCAAUACUAAUUACUGGCGAAGCGAAAAUCAGGAAGAUCUCCGCCCCUACAGCUUGUGCAUAAAGCGGUUAUGA